AUGCCGGCAUCACAGUUGAAGAGGCUCAAGCAGAGCCUCCGCGACUCUGGCGUGACAGGACCCCAGAAAUCAAAAAAACAGAAAAAGCAAAUCGCUUCGUCGAAGGACCAGACCCAUCGCAACGAUCGCGCCGCCACGCUACAGACCAUUCGUGACUCAUUCAAUCCUUUCGAACUGAAACCCACCAACUCACGACCGACCAAAUUCGAGCAUGCCUCUGCCAGUAAUGGACCCGGCUCAGGCAAGUACAAAGCUGCGCUGCACCGGCCUGGCGUGUCCAAAUCCGCGGGCGAGGAAAUGCGCAGAGCAACGCUUCUACCAGAGUUGAGGCGACGAAACAAAGUCGGCGGACUGGUCGACCGGCGCAUUGGCGAGGGAGAUGCGGAUAUGACGCCUGAAGAGAGAGCGGCGGCGAGGUUCGCACGGGAGCAGGAGCGCAAGACGAAGGGAAGAAGCAUGUUUGAUUUGGAAGAUGAAGACGAUGAGGCCAGUGGCGGCUUUCGACUCACUCACGGAGGCAAGGGAGUUGGCGAACUCGCGGGAGAUGACUUUGAUGGGAUUGUGUCCGGUGGAAGCGAUGAUGAGGGCAGUAACGGGGGAUUAUUUCGCAAGAAGAGGAGGCGGAGCGAUGUUGAUGAAGAGAAAUUUUUCGGUGGUGGCGCUGAAGAGAACGAGCCAGAGCGCAAGAAGACGAAGAAGGAGGUCAUGGAAGAAGUCAUUGCAAAGUCGAAAAUGCACAAGUAUGAAAGACAAAAAGCGAAAGAGGACGACGAAGAUUUGCGUGAAGAGCUCGACAAAGGCUUUGAUGAGAUAUACAAUCUGUUGAAGGGAUCCAAGAAGGCACUGGCUCCGCCCAAACAGGACCACUCCGCAGCUGUGAACGGCGACGGACCUGUGAUCAAUGCAGAUCGACAGCGAUUACUAGACGGUAUGGACCGAGAUAAAGCGGACAAGGAGUACGACAUCCGCAUGAAACAGCUCGCGACAGAUGCGCGAGCGAAGCCCUCGAACAAGACCUUGACUGCGGAGGAGAAAGUACUUAAAGAGGCGCAGAAGGUGAAAGCGCUGGAAGAGAAGAGGUUGAAGCGCAUGCGCGGCGAGGAGGUUACUGACGAUGAAGACGUAACGAAAGAGACCGAUGCACAGCCGGAAGGAGACGACGAGAACAUUCCAGACCAAGCCGAGGAGUUUGGCUUUACGAAUUCACUGGCACAGCAGAAACCAGAGCGCGCCAUCCAACCAGAUGAAGACGAUUUCUAUUUCGAUGAAGAUCUCGUAGCGAAUGACUCUGAUGUUGACAUUAGUGGAGACGAGUCUGACCUGAGUGGUAGCGAGAAUGGAGCUGCUGAUACUGAGGCACACGAAGAAGACGAAUUCGUCAGGGAAGCUCUGGGUGCAACAGCACCGACUGGUGCCAAUACGAGUGCACUGGGAGAACGAAGAUCUGGCCAGGAUACAUCUGGUCUUCCCUACACAUACUCGUGUCCACGAUCUCAUGCCGAGCUGCUGAACAUCGUGAAAGAUCUGCCUGCUGACAAGCUCACAACUGUGAUUCAGCGGGUGCGGGCGCUGUAUCAUCCAUCUCUGUCUGCUUCAAAUAAGGAGGGAAUGGCGGACUUUUCGUGCGCACUUGUCGAACAUCUUUCGUGGAUGGCAGAGAACCAGCAACCGAUGGCAAUCAUUGAACAGGUCAUCAGACAUCUGCAUUCUUUGUCACGUACGUACCCCACGCAGAUUGGCGAAGCAUUUCGGAAAGUCCUUGCCGCAUUUCACAAACGCGGUCAACCCACCCCGGGAGACCUGGUGCAGCUCACCGCGAUCAGUUCCAUAUAUCCAACUUCUGAUCAUUGGCAUCAAGUCGUCACCCCUGCCAUUACCCUGAUUGCCCGCUGGCUUGCGCUCAAUGUUCCUACGAUGUCGAAGCCAGCCGAUGUACAGACACUGGCAACUGGAGCUUUCCUCGUCGCGCUGUGCCUCAAAUACCAGGCUCUUAGCAAGCGAUAUAUUCCAGAAGCACUCCGCUUCACCAUUCGCGCAUUACUUCCUGGCAAAGCCUGUGUCGUUACGGAGCAACAGGUCUUCCAGUCUCAUCUCGCGAACUUGGCAGCCUUGGCCGACCUCUGGAAAGACAAGUCCGCAUUCGUCGAGAUGUUCUCGCCUGCUCUGCCAAUCUUAGAUAAGCUCGGUCAGAACCGCAUCUUCCGAGACUUGAACGUCAAGAAACCUCACCGACACAUUUCCAUCCUCAUCCAACAAACUCGCACAGCGCGACGACCACUCGAACUGCAUCAUCAUAGAGCUCAACCUAUUCGAACGAGUAUACCCAAGUUUGAAGAGAACUUCAAUCCUGAUAAGCACUAUGAUCCAGAUAAGGAACGAUCUGAUUCGACUAAGUUGCAGAAGGAGUUUAAACGGGAACGCAAGGGUGCCUUGAGAGAACUGAGGAAAGAUGCGAACUUUGUCGCGAGGGAACAACUCAAAGACAAGAGGGAAAGAGACGCGGAGUACGAGAAGAAGUAUCGGAAACUCGUCGCUGAAGUGCAAAGCGAGGAGGGAGCUGCCAGCAGAGAUUACGAGAGGGUUAAAGCGAAGAGGGACGCGGAGAAGAGCAGGAAGAAGGCGAGUGCGAGGUAGAGUUCGGUCAGAUACAUUACGACUUAACGCUCGGUAACCCCGACGUCCCCGAAUACUGCGUCGCUGCGCCGCUGCUUGUUUCUGAUAUGUAUAGUAGCCCCCCCGGUGUUUCUGUGAGACCACGAAGGUCCAUCUUGACCGAGCGAUACCAGUCACCAAUUAGACGAAUGAAAGGCGGUCUCCUGGCGAGAAGCUGCCCCGUAUGCAACCCUAUGCGGACAAGGUUGGCGUGCAAGGUGAUGGCAGGACUAUGGACAUCAAUCGCUGCAACCGCCGAAACCAUUCUCCAAGGGAAAUGUGUGGUCCUUGUUGGUGCUACUGCUUGCGGUUUCGGGAACAGAGCGAGGGUCGGACCACGAAACUCGCUGUUUUCCUUGGGGUCGCCCUACGGUCCCAAGCUAUCACACAUUCGCUGCUCUUCGGGUGGCAGCAUUACGGCUGCCGAUAUGAGAAACGGAUCACCGAUCAUACACGAAGCAUUCUUCGUAGCCCUAAAACCUAAGCUCACCCUGGCAGUCCAACAACUCGUGUUCAGCGAAGAGCAAAAGUUUAUCUUGACCGAGUAGACGGAGCGAUUUCGGUAGGAUAUUCGAUAGGGACCUAUACAGGACGGAGACCAACAUAUCCUCCUAGCGAGUAGGCGCUCGACAAGUUGGCACCGGGUCGAAGAACUCUAUCGCUACUGUACAGUACUCCCUUGAUGUAUAUUGUAUCGGCGAUUAUAAGAACGACAUACCGGGAUCAUUAGGGCAAGAAAGCUAUAUACUUUUUAGCUGUUUGUAUCAUAAAC